AAAAACACCGAAUGAAAAGGUGUCCAAACUUUUGACUAGUACUGUAUGGGCACAUUUCGGUGCCCAUACACUGCGGUGUUCGACUGUGGCGGCCUGGGCGCCGUGUGUGCAUGAGUGGAGUCUGGGUGUCUCUCCCACUCGUCCUCUGGGCGCGUGUCGUGCCUGGCCGCCGUAGCUGACCUGCCGCUGUCGAUGCAGGCGGCUUCUCAGGUGGUGUUUCCUCACCUGGUUCGUCUGUACCCAGCCCCCAUGUUAACUAUUUUAAUGACAAUCACUUCUCUGCAUGUUUGCAGGGUGGGCGUGGGUGGUAUGAGUGUUCCUUUGUGUCUUCUUUGUUCUGUGUGUGCGAGUGCGAGUGCGGGGGGGGGGGGGGUGAACGGGUAGAAGGUGAGAUAUUGUUUUUAAUAGUUUUUAAUCUGUAAAGCACUUUGUAUUGCAAUUUCUUGUAUAAAAAGUGCUAUAUAAAUAAAGUUUGAUUUGAUUUUUUUGAAAAAUGGUGCUCUAUCCCUCAAGAGUUCCUUCAAUGUAAGCUGGAAUUGUAUCAGCCUACGUUUUGCUGCUUUUAAAAUUAAUUUGUGACCAAUUUAUUUAUUGUUGAAGACUCUGUGAGAUGACUCAAAGCCCAAAGCAACUCCUAAACGGAAUUUGAAUUAGAUUUUCUUGUCAGAAAUUGAAUUACUUCAAUUUCAAUACAAUUCUGCAUUACUUUCAAUUAUUUCCCCACAUAAAAUAUAAUCGCCUAAUUUCCAACAGCCCUUGAAUGCAUCCUGAAGUUGCAUGUGCCGUAUCAAAGUUCCCUGCUCAUUUCCAUCUAAUAACAGUGACAUCUUGAGGCUGUUUUAAUCCUCCAUAACCUCUUCUCUGCUCCACCUACUGCACUGUUUCCCUCCCUCCCUCUCUCCUCCUUUCUUUCUGUUCAGAGCAGAAAUGCAGCAGAGCUUGAUCUGACUUGUCCUGCCUGCUAGAAGUGUUUUCUCGCUGCCCUGUGGACUCUGCUGGAUCUCCACGCUGUGAUAUGGCCGUUUCUGUUUCUGUGCAGUGUCUGGGGCUCAUCACACUGGCUGCGAUCCUCCUGCAGACCAUCGCGGUUGCGGUCAGUUUCAUGUACUUCAACAGAGUCCUGAGCACGAUGCAGCAGAGCUUUUCCCGGAGCAGCGUCUCCUGCCUCAUAAACGCAGAUCUGCACUCAGAAUUCGAGGAUCCGGCGUCCGAGAACAAGAAGAGCGAUCCCUGCUGGCAGGUCACGCAGCAGCUCCACCACCACAUAGAGAAGAAGAUUGCUGACAGAUUCCAGAAGGAGAUAUCCACUGCCAUGAGUAAUAAGCUGACAGGAAUGCUGCCCGUCUUGAGCCCUUCGGUCCGAGGGGUCCCGCUUCCUAAGGUUGCCGCGCAUGUGACCGGUGUGGUCUCGUCCACGGAGCGUCCAGCAGCAGAGAGCUCGCGGAGCAGCAGGGGCUACCUGGGGGAGCGUAUCAGAGUGUGGCAGGGUCAGAGAGGUCUGUCCUUCCUGCAGAACAUGGAGCUAAGGGAAGGAGAGCUGCUGGUGCCCAGAGCAGGACUCUACUACAUCUACGCCCAGACCUACUUCAGACUCCCCUCUUCGGGGGAGCUGGAGGGGGACGCAAAGGACGAGGAAGGAACUGAGCUUGUCCAGUACAUCUACAAGAAGAUGAGCUCCUACACGGUUCCCAUCUUGCUGAUGAAAUCUUCCCGAAGUGUCUGCUGGCCUCGGGGGCAGGAGCCUGGACUCUUCUCUCUGCAUCAGGCUGGAAGCGCCUUUCUACAGCCUGCAGACCGCCUCUUCAUCACCGUUAGCAACGCCAGCACCAUGGAGAUGGACGGGAGGGCGAGCUACUUUGGGGCUUUCCUGGUGGGAUAAAGGAGGCGUCCUGGACAGACAAAGUGGACACAAAUGUCAGGCGUUUGCUUGAUAAGAUGAGCGGGUGUCUGAAGGUACAAGAAGAAAGAAGGAGCGAGGAAAGCAAAAAGGACUUCUUCUGGACCACAGAGCUGCAGUGGGACACUCCGAGUGGCCAAAAUAGCGAGGACGAGGAGGCAUUUGGUGGUCCAGCAGUGACCUAAUAACUGACUGCAGUUCAAACCCACACAGGAUAUUAAUUCUGUUUUUGAGGCCGUUGAACUGAAUGCACUGUAUGACAGCAAACGUGGAUUCUGUGGAGCACUCGGAGAUCAUUCGGAGCUGCACAACAGACGCAGAUUAAAUGUUGCCGCCUUCUAUUCAAGUAUCCGUUUUGCCUGCAGGUGAAACAGUCGACAGCCGAGUUGUCAUACCCAGGAAGUGCCAGAAGUGUUGGACACGUGACACGGCUUUUAUCAAAAGUAUGUACAAGAGAUGCCAUAGGACAAGCUCUUGCGUGUUCAGGAUUAUGAAUGAAGCUUCUUGUUGUUUACAGUACCUAUGGUUGAAUUUCCUCAUUGUGCAUCACACAGAUUGUGAUGAUCUUGAGGAGAAACACAGAACUAGUGAAAAUGAACCUUGUCCUUUUAUAUUUUUGAAUGCCAUGGACACAAACCCUGACAGCCCACAUACUCUGUCACUUCAGGACACCAAUAUCCCUGACAGCUACUGAAUGAACUGCCAUGAAAAAAAAAAAAAAAAAAAAAAAAAAUCAUAGAAACAUUCAAUAAAUCCUAAUACAAUGGUGCUUGGAAGGCUGCAAACACUUAUAUUUCUGCAAAAAUCUGCCCUAAAUAUCAACAGAUGUUCCACAGCACCUAAAAAGUAGAUAAGAACCCAAUAAACGAGGAAAAAUACCUAUGGGCCUUUAUUGUGGUAAAAGUAUCUAAUAUUGCCUGUCUGAGAGUGGAAAUAUUGUGUAAACCCUUGCUUUUGGUAUCUGGCGAGACCCAAUAACUGACUAAAUGUUUGAGGUGACUGUUAAUCAGUCCUGCACGUCAGUUUGGAGAAAUGUUUGUCGACUUCUCCGUACAGAACAGCUUCAGCUCUGGGAUUUUGGUGGAUUUCCACAUCUAAAGCCCUCGUUUCAGGUCCUAUCAAAUUUCUUUUGGAUUAAAGCCAGAACUUUGACUUUGUCAAUCCAAAACAUCAAUUCCUCUUUAGCAAUUCUAUGGUAGAGCAACUUGGGUUCUUGGGAUCUCUGUGUGGCUACAUGACCUACUUUCUCCUGGGGUUCGGUUUACAGACUGAUUUCCUAACAUUUUCCUCUAGGACUGGCUAGUGUAAUCCAGAAUUCAUUGUUCAAUCAGCGAUGGCGAGCUGUCCUGGCACAUAUGCAGCCGAAGAGGCCCAAACUUCUUCUGUGCUCGAAACAUAACACUUCUGAUUUUAACAAAAAGGUUCCAUUUUGGUCUCAUCCAGCCACAAAAGUCUUCUGGCUUGUGUAUGCGACCUUUCGUAAGCUGCAGACAGUCAGCAAAGUUCUUUAUGUGGAACAGUGGUUGUCUCAUUGCAACACUGCCACGCUCACCAAUGUUCUCCUGAUGGUGCACUUACUGGCAUUAGUGAAAGUGAGAAGGACCUUUAAGUGCUUAGAAGUUACCCUGCCAUUGGAGUGAUCUUUGCUGGUAAAACACCAAUGGGGUUGGUAUCAAUGAUUUUAAGUUUCUUUCUCAUUUCAAGUUACCUGUAAAUUGAUGGAGUCCAAAGUCUUUAGAGGUGGGUUUGUAACCUUUUCCAGCCUGAUGAGAAUCAAUAACUCUGAAAUCUUCUUUGUUUGUGCCAUCAAACACUUUAACUAGCGUGUGAGAAGAUCAAUCUUGAAAAAACAGGGCUUCUUCUCACACCUGAUUGUCAUCCCAUUGACUGAAAACACCUGACGUUAAUCUCACCUUCAGCUUAACUGCUUAUCCUACAGGCUUACGUACUUUUUCCACUCACAGAUGUGUAGUAUCGGACCAUUUUCCUCAAUAAAUUGAGAUCAAGUGUAUAGUUUUAGUGUUGUUUACUUUUAGGACUAGUGUGAUAAUGCUUUAAGUCAAACUCAUGCACAAAUAUAGAAAAUUCUGAACGGUUUGACACAGCUUUACCUUUGAUCCUUUUUCCUCUAGUGCAGGGGUGUCAAACUCAGUUCCUGGAGGGCCACUAUCCUGCAUGUUUUAGAUGUUUCUCUCUUCCAACACUCCUGAUUCAAAUAAUCAGCUCAUCAUCAAGCUCAGCAGAAGCCUGAUAACGAGCCUGAUCAUUUGAAUCAGGUGUGUUGGAAGAGGGAAACAUCUAAAACAUGCAGGAUAGUGGCCCUCCAGGAACGGAGUUCGACACCCCUGCUCUAGCGUCACCAUGAGGUUGAAAUUAGUGGUUUUCAUAGAAAAGCCCCAACAGCAGUUAAAUGAAAGAGUUCAGACCUUCACACCCCCAAGCUAAGCUGUUUCAACUCUGUUAAUGGCUUAACUUUUUUUUUAAAUCGCAGCUCUUAACGUACUGCUGAGUUCACUUAUUUUUAAUCUCUCAUUAAAUAAACUGCCUCUGGUGUUGGGCCUCCUGCAGCUAGAACAGAACGUAAAAAUAUGCAAACUGCCCACAACUAAACCGGACUCGAAUGUCACCCCCUACACAAAAAGACACAGAACUGAAAAAGUAAAAAACUAUCAUUUAAUUCAUGUUGUAUUACAUGUUUCCGUAAUAUGGCAGUGAAUGUUUCAGCAAUAAUAGUCACUCCUCAAACAAGAGUUUUUACAUUAAAAAAAAAAAAACAA